AUGCCUCCAAGAAAGGCACCACAGCAUCCGGCAUCGGCAGAGCCUACGGUCGUCCUACAACCGCCUACCAACCAGAACGCGCAGACACCUCCACAAAGUCCUAGUAAAGGCGCUGCAGGAAUCACGCAAGCACAGAAGCAGGCUCUCAUUGACAACUUGCAGCUCGAGAUCACCGAGCGAGCUCGCAAGCUCCGUGCCCAGUAUGCUCAGCAGUCGCAAGCGCUCCGAUCACGACUGGAGAUGCGCAUCAACCGAAUACCGCCGGGGCUGAGGAAGCGGAAGAUGCAGGACCUGCUAGACGAGCAUGCAGAGAAGGCCAACCCGAAGCCUGCGCCUGCUGUGCCUGUGCAGGAAGAGCAGCAACAGAAAGAAGGAACACCGGCCAGGAAGAGCCUGAAGAGGCAGAGCGAGGAAAUGGCCGCGGAGGAGAAUGACAAGGAGAACGUGCCCGCCUCAUCGCAAGCAACGCAAGCAGACCUCGCCAACCCGAAGAAGCGCGCAAAGACGACAACGACUACCACCGCCGCGAACACCAAGGCCUCGCGAACAGCCUCACGCAAGGUCGCUCCUUCAUCUGUCCUAUCACCCAAAUCCCACAACUCCCGCACCCUGCCCCGCUCACCCAUCAAACCCGCCAAUUCAUUCGAGAAACCGUCAAGCCCAGUCAAACCAACAACCACCACAGCUCCAGCCGCAGGCAAACGCACAGCAAGUCGAGCGCAAGCCAAACGCGGCGCUCCUGCCCCUCCCGCAAACGAAGGCGACACCAGCCGGAGUUCCGAGGCGAGUAAUACUUCCGCGGGAACGACCAUCGUCACGAAAGCACCUCCGGCAAAGGGCAGAGCUGCCGCCGGCGCAAAGAAGGCUCCAGCUGAUCCAAAGACUACAACGGCGACCGCGAAGCGCGGUGCUGCGGCGAAGAAGGAGAAUGUGCCGCCUGUGCCAACUGCUGCGGCGGGGAGGUCGUUGAGGAAGCGAGGGUGA